AUGGCGGCUGCCAUUGGCGAGGAAGAGGACCCCACCCCUCCGGCAAAACGACGCAGGAGCGACGAUGAUUCCGACAUCGACGCGUUUGAAAAGGCCAGUGAACAUGGUAAAAACUCGGACUCAUCAGGACAGAACCCGCCCUAUAUCGACGAGAGCCUGUAUUCCAGACAACUCUACGUGCUCGGGCGCGACGCCAUGGUGCGGAUGGCCCAAUCGGACGUGCUCAUUUCGGGCCUGGGCGGCCUAGGAGUAGAGGUAGCGAAGAACAUCGUUCUAGCUGGCGUUAGGUCGGUCACUCUGCACGAUGAGAUGGUGUGCACCCGGGUCGAUCUCUCAUCGCAGUACUACCUGAACAAGGACACAUUGGGCCAGAAUCGAGCCGAGGCUUGCGAAGCCCCAUUGGCACGACUCAACAAGUACGUGCGAGUCACGACCUACACUAAGCCCCUGACCCAAGAAUUCUUGAAGCGGUUCAACGUGGUGGUGCUGACAGAGACUCCGCUCGAAGACCAGGAAUACAUCUCUGACGUCACCCGUGACAACAACAUCGCUCUCAUCGUGGCCGACACCCGGGGACUCGCUGGGCAGAUAUUCUGCGACUUCGGUGACAACUUCCACGUGACAGACACCAACGGGGAGCAGCCGAUGUCUGUAUCGAUUGGCUCCAUCACCAAGGCAAAAGAAGGCGUGGUGACUUGCCUGGAUCUAAUGCGGCAUGGUUUCGAAGAUAACGACUAUGUCAGCUUCUCCGAAGUCAAGGGCAUGACCGAGAUCAACAACUGCCCACCGAUGAGAGUCAAGGUGCUAAGUCCGGCAAUGUUCACCGUGGGUGACACAACGCAGUUCGGUGAUUACACCUCAGGCGGCGUUUCAACGCAAGUGAAAAUGCCGAAGGACGUACAGUUCAAAUCUUUCAAGGAAUCCGUGAGGAACCCAGACUUCGUUGUGUCGGACUUCGCCAAGAUGAAUCGCCCUGCCCAUCUUCAAUUGGGUUUUCAAGCUCUUCAUGCUUUCGAAAAGUUGCACUCACGCCUGCCGUGGCCUUGGAACAAGGAUGACGCAGCAAUGGUGGUCCAAUUGGCCAUGGAAAAGAACGAACGGCUGGCCACACCGCUGGAGAAAGUGGACCAGGAACUAAUCACGACGCUAUCCUACGUAUCUGCCGGCUCCUUGUGUCCCAUGCAGGCGGUUAUCGGAAGCGUCGCAGCACAAGAGGUGAUAAAGGCAUGUAGCGGAAAGUUCAGCCCUAUCCAACAAUGGUUCUACUUUGACGCUUUUGAGUGCCUCCCCCAUGAGAGUGACGUUUCGGAACCAGACGCCAACGCCAUGGAGCGCUCGCGGUACGCGGGGCAAGCCCGCGUCUUCGGCGCUAAUGUGCAGCGCCUGCUGAUGACUCAGACAUACUUUGUGGUGGGAGCUGGAGCCGUGGGCUGCGAACUUCUCAAGAACUUCGCCAUGAUGGGCAUUGGAGUGGACAGUGGCUGCAUAUAUGUCACCGACAUGGACGUCAUUGAGCGGUCCAACCUGAACGGGCACUUCCUCUUGCGGUCCCAAGACGUGGGCGCCAUGAAGUCCAUCAUGGCCGCGCAAACCCUGGUCGAAAUGAACCCCGAAAUCAAUAUCCACGUCCGCGUGGAUAGAGUGGGUCCGGACACGGAGCACAUAUACAACGACGACUUCUUCGAAUAUUUGGACGGCGUCGCCAUCGCGGUGGACAACGUCGACGCGCGUAAGUGCCCGUCUCCUAGUCGUUCACGCGCAGGAUGUCCAGAAAUGUUGGAUGUUGCCACAUCUGUCGAACUUCAUGACCUAACUGAAUGA